AAUUUUCCCUCGAAAAUCAGAAAUAAUUUUAAGGUUAUUUUCAAACAGUUUAUGAGUACACUUUGCCGGUGAUUAAUUAUAAUUUACUAUCGAAUAACGUGAUUAAUUUUGUUAAAAUGGCUGAAAAGAUGGAAGAUCUCAACCUGCCGCAGUCAGCAGUGUUGAAAAUAAUCAAAGAAGCAAUUCCAAGCAAUGCAAGUAUUGGAAAAGAUGUGAAGGCUGCAUUGGCGAAAGCCGCAUCGAUAUUUAUUCUUUACCUCACAUCGCAAAGCACACAGACUAUGCAGGCAGCAAAACGGAAAACAAUCACCUCACAGGAUAUUUAUGACGCUCUAGAGGAGCUUGAGUUCGGACAUUUUGUAGAACCAUUGAAAAAUUGCCUUAAAGAACAACAGGAAGGAAAAGCAAAGAAAACAGCAGAUAAAACAAAGCUAAAGACUGCAGACCAGCCAGAGAAUGAAGAAGAAGAGAUGGAAGAUGAAGAAGAAGCUGAUGAAGGUGAAGAAAAAGACUCGUAAACAAAUGGUGAAUUUUGAAGUAAUUUACCCGAUUAUCCAUGCAAAUAACACAUUCAGCCUCUGCUGUACCAACAUUCGCGACCGGAGCACUUGCAGUUUCGUCCAAAUCCUCUCUACUGGCCGGAGCACUAGGUUCCUCUUGCAAUUUCUUCAAAUCACGCUGUCUAUACUUAUCGAAAGCAUCUAAUAUUCUCUGUCGGUCAAUACCAUUAGUAAUACCGACAGAUUUUAAUGUAUCUUCAUCAAUGGCGGUUGAGUCGUCAAUUUGUAGCUUUGCCAACAAAGGCAAGUAAUGCAGCACGCCUUCCAUCAGGAGCAACUCGACGAAAUGAGCAUUCACACUUUUUUGCAUCUCUGCCAAACCUUCAGGCAUUCUAACAAUUCAAAACAUAAAAACAAUAUUUUAGCCUUUAAUUUCUCACUGAAUAUUUAUUUACAUACCGAUCUAGUAAGGCUUGAUACUGACGCAUCCAAAACCCUUCAUCUUUCUCUUGAUUAAUGCGUUCUAAAUCAUGUAGAGUCGACAUUAAUUCACCGCGUCGUGCAUUUUGUUGAUCUAACAAUUCUAGAAGUACCAUUGAGAGUUCAACACGUUGCUGAGCCAAAUCAUUCUAAUAAUUUGUAUAAAAAUUAAUGAAAAAAUGUAAAUUUUCAUAUUUUUAGUUCAAUUUCUCACCAAAUUUUGAUCAAGUUGUAAUUUACGCCUGUCUAAUUCAAUGUGUGUGAGAGCAGCAAGUUGUCCUUCGACAAGUAACACUUGCUGCACCAAACUCCACGAACGCACAUCGCUUUUCUCCAAUAACGCAGCCACAGCGAUUUUUUGUAAAUCUUCAUCUUGUUGGAUUGUCACAGCGAGUUGUUUACCGCGAUCGUCGAUUGUUUGCAGGAUUUCUUGUACGUGUGCAUUUGAUUCAAUUUCCCUGCAUAGGAAACAGAAUUGGUAUGAAAAUUAACACAAAAAAAGAGAAAAAACAAUUUUGAUAGUCGUGGCCAAUACACAAGCGACAUCUAGUGAGUAAUAAGUAUACUAACUGGUUUAAUAUCGUCUGAGUUGUUUCAAUCCGUGACUGAUCCAUUUGUGUAAACUUAUUCGCUUCAUUCUCGAGUAUCUGUUGCAUUUCUAACAAGAUCUGCGCAUUUUUCACUUCUUUGUGUUCGUUUGCAGCGCGUAAUAGUUCUUCAUGUUCCUGCAUUUCCAACUCAAAGAGUUUUAUCGGCGGUUUUGUGUUGAAUUGCAGCAAUUGCUGAAUUGCGUGACUAGCAGCAUACUCAGCUGUAAUAUUAAUAUAUUUUACACGAAAUACUAAUGUAAAUUAAACAAAAACUUACUUUCUUUGAGUUGUUCUAUAAGUUUGAAUCUUUCCGCGUCUUUGACUUGUUGUAUCUUAUCCAGUGAGAGAUUUACUUGUUCUUGUUGAUACGACAGCUCUGCCAAUAACUUAUCUUUGUUGAUUCGUUUAUUACUAGCGAAUUCAAUCUCUUGCCGUUUGAUUUCGUCCCAUUCACGCUCAAUAGCCAAGAAAUCUUUCUGUUUUUGUUCCUAUAACACAACACAUGGAUAAAUGACACUAAAUUAGUUUAAAAUUGACAGUUAGACACGUUUACACUAGGAUGUGGCUGAGUAAAGAGUAAUAACAUGCCUUUAUCUUUUCUAGAUCCCAAAAUUUUGCCUGAAAAUAAACAAAACGUUAGUCAAAAAAUAAAAACUAAGCGGCUAGCGAUUCAAAUUCACAGCAUUUACGACCCUAACCAAUCAGCGUCGAGCAGACGGCCAUCAUGAAACACGUGAUCGCCGGCGACCAAGCACAACUAACCGUAACGAAGCCAUUUUGAAUUUUAACGUUACAACGUGAAAAUGAUGUGAAAAUCGUGAAAAUGAACGAGAUAUUUACAAAACAACUUGAACUAACCUCAA